AUGCUGGCUCAUAAGUCUGCAAGAAUUCGCCAACUAUCGGGGGGUCUUUUUGUUGAGGAGCCGCCUCCUCAGCGGAUCGGGCUUCAGCCUCGUUUCCGAGUCGAAACUAUCAGUCAACAUGAUAAAGCCUUUGCCGAAUCUGUUCUGAAAAAGGAAGCCUCCGCUGCCAGAGGAUCUAAACCGCUCCUUCGGAGAGUAAAAUCAAAGUUGAGCCGGCCGGACAAGGCUGUGACUUUGGCCGUGCUAUACAAUCAUGUUCAGGCCAAUGGCUCUGCUGAGGUUGCUCAAGUUUACGUUGACAGACUGUUCCUCGACGCUGCGCAAUCGAAUUUACAGUUACAGUUUCCGGAUAUUCUUUUUUGCACUGCUGUGAAGAAUGCAAACACCAACCUUGUCCGACUCCUCGCUCCUCUCACUGCGAUCGAGGCGGUCAGUUCCGUUCUUGAAUCUGCGAUCCUCAGUCGAAAUCUCCAAAUUGUCAGAGCCCUGCUGGAGCAUGGGGCGGAUCCAAACUGUUUAACUCAAGCCUGUAUACUUGACCUGGCUGAAACGGACUGUCAACUCCUUCAACUCAUCCUUCGCGCUCCAAGGCAGCUCCGCUAUGAAACAUUCGGGGAACUCUGCGCCACUACUAUUCGGCAGGGGCUGUCAAAUGCAUUCAACGUCGUCCUUCGCGCCAUCUCCGAGUAUCCAAUCCUUCGCGACUCGCCUCCCUCAUGGAACAGAGACAGUCUCCUCGAAGCCGCGAUCUGUGGCCCCGAUAAGAGUAUGUUUUUCGGUAUUGCUACGGCUACGUCUGCAUGGCCCUUGAGGGACAAUCGUCUUUUUCUGCAUGUGUUGGACUCAACGGCGAUAGAUCGCUUACAAGCUAAAGACAUGGUAGAGGUCUUACUCUGCCUAAGUGUCUUGUCGCCAGUGUUUCACUCAAGCCCAGAGAUUGAAUCAUUUCACUGCCGUUGUGUACAAGAACAACUUGAAGAUAUACUGCGACUGAUGGCGUCUUACGGCGUUGCCGUGUCGGCAGAGCCUCUUCUGCUCGCAUGUCAAAACCACGACGAAAAGAUCCUGGAUGUCCUCCUCGCUGGUCCUGUUCAAGGAGAAGAGCAGGUGGUUGCUCGGGUUUCGCAACUCCAAGGCGUAAUACAGAGGGAUAUGCGUCGAAAGAUCCUCAGGCGUCUCCUUGCUGGAGGAGCCAAAGGGGUGUGGAAACAUGAAGAACUCGUCACGGCGGUCGCGCUUGGACAGGUUGAAUGGGUCGAAACACUUAUCAACUCAAAUGCUUCGGUUGACUACCACAAUGGCGCGGCCCUUCUCAAAGCCGUUUCAUUGGGACACGUUCGGAUCGUACAAAAGCUUCUAUCUCGUCCUGUGUCUCUGAAAAGCUUGCAAGAUGCCUUUCCAAGCAUCAGUCAACUCGAAGCUUUGCCGCGACGUCUGCUUACGAAGCUCUUCAUUAAUCAGGGACUCUCCGGUCAAUGUCUCGACGAUGCUCUCAAUAGGGAGCUCUGCAACUAUUCAUACCACAGGGACUCUGAGUUAGUCGAUAUGUUGAUCACGUCGGGCGCUUCUUGCAAUGAUGUUUCGCUUACAGUCGUCUUUGAACACAAAGAUGCGGUGAUCUUCGACAAAAUAAGGCUCUCCAAAACAGUAUUCCAUGAAUCUGUGACGGAAUGGUUCAAAAAUUGGCACCGCAUGCUCCUCCUUCACGCUCAACAAGAAGAUGAAUAUUCCCUAGCGGCCUCUACUUGCCUCAAGAUGCUGUUCAGCAAAUUACACAUUGUCGAGGCACUUUGUGACGCUCAUGAAGGUGACCGGCGCUUUGAAUGCUUCCACCAGUUUCUGGAAAAUGGUGCAGCGGACACAGACAUACUCGCGGCAUGGCUGAAAUGGGCACUACAAAUGGACAGUAACACAUUAACCGAGAUCGUGCUGACAGCAGCUUGUUUCUGCGACCUCAGCAGACUCCAUUUGGUCAUAAGCUCCAUACAACUGACCAGUCCGACCCCCUUACCUUCGGCAACCUAUGUCGAGAGCCCCAAGCUGGAUUCUCAAGCGCACACAGCAAACAUGUUCUCAUCCGUCCAAGUACCUCCAAUUCGUCAGGACACCCUCGCGUUCUCAGACACAAGGAGUGCCGAAAACCUGAAGCUCAUCUUUCGCCAAUACUUACAUGGGGGCUAUGAGAGUCACCUUACGACGAAACUCCUCGAGAGACACUUGGAGAAUUGUACCAAAGCCAUCACUGAAGGUGAAUGCUGGCCGCUCCUUACCCUUCAAUUUCUACUAUCCCAGCCUAUUGAGGUCACACUGCCAGAAUUCAGCUCCUGCUUAUACAUGGCCAUUGCUUCUCAGCAAUGGCUCGUUCUUGGGCUGCUGCUGGAUCGGCAAUUACCGCAGGAGAUGGUUGCCCGCUUCUUCCUGGUUGACACGUCUCUGCUUGCACCUCGUGCAAUCAAGGUGCUUCUUGAAUCCCAAGCAAUGGCGUGGAUGGACGAUGACUUUUUCGCGGGGCCUGUACAGCGUACUUUCAAUCAUGCAUGCCUUGCGCAAGACCGAGAAAUGGCUAUCCUCCUGUGCUCCAAAUCUCGCUGCCAACUACGCCUCGGGGAUAUUUUGCUGCCUGUACGACAAGCAAUUGAUGCCUCGGACCUCAGUUAUGUUUCUACUUUGCUCGGUGCAACAUCCUUCUCCAAGAAUGAUCUUGAGAUACUAUGGAAGCAUAUUACUCAACAAGACCAAAGCGCCGACUUCCUCGCACUUGUGGAGUUACUACUCAAAGCGGGUGCUGACGGCAUUUCAAUCGGUGCCUCUUUGGUAGAAGCCGUUGAGCGGGAUAAUGAGUGUCUCGUCGCGCUCAUUCUGGCCCAAUGGCAAGCUAUACGGUCCCUGCAGUAUCGCAAUGAAUUUGACUAUAGAGGACGCCAGCCGAUCUUCCGAACACCAGACUUUGGCCCUUAUGCCGAGUAUUUUCCAGUCCUCGCACGCGCUCUUACGGUCGCAAUUCGUCUAGACCGAGCAACCCUUUGCCGGCAUCUUUGCACAGCGGGAGCUCCCCUUGUAUUUCAAGGCCAAUCACUCAUUGAGCUUGCAGUAGCCCUGGGAAGCCACAGCGCUCUCAUAGAGAUGAUCAGUUACUCGAAGACAUGUUCUGACAUGGAUGGCGCUGUUAGCUUCGCUCUACUUCAAGUGGUGCUGCACCACCGCGAAACUUGGGUGGAAGGGCUAGUACGCCUCGGUGGAUCAGUCGAAGCAUACGAUUUCGAGCCCCUGAAAGUUGCGGCGGAAUUUGAUCAUCCUGGUAUGUUGGCAACGCUUCUACCCUACAUCGAGACACAACCUGGGUUCCAUGAAUUCUGCCAAACACUUCAAGGGCGUCUUACGGCACACGAAGGUGAUCUGGGCAGCACUUGUUCCAUGUUCGAGCAACUCCACAAAGCAGGCUUCCAGGAGAAGGAGCGAUACAAUGAGGCUCUUUUAACACUGCUGGCGAUCCGAUCUGCCACCUUAGAUCAUACCAGAAUCUUAAUCGAUUGCGGAGCGUCUAUCGAGUACAGAGACGGCGAAGGCAUGGUACAACUUUGGAGACGAGGCAGCGUGCGACUCUUCCCGGAUCUCCUUCGCCACUGCACUCGGCAAUCGAUCAGAACAAGACUGUUCAUUGAGGCAUGUGGCGAUUAUCUACGACAAGACCAGGAUCGUACUUGCCUCUCAACCAGCGAUACGUUGCUCGUUCUGGGUGCCCUCCUCGAGACAGAUAUACCUCAGGACGCGCGCGAUACGGCGCUCGAUUCAAUCGCAAAAGCUUGCCAUCGGAAGCUCAAGUCGGGGCCAAUCAUCCAACUAUUGCUGGAAAAGGGGGCUCGUUUCUUCGAUCGAGCUGGAGUGUCACUCUACCGAGUCUGCCGCCUCGAUCAUUCCAAAAUCACCUCCCUAGUUGUCCAUAGUCGUCCACAUGCCCGCACUCGCUUACAAGCUCUCCAACGCCUCUUCCGCAACCAAGGAGCAGGAUCUUCAGGCGCCGCAGGCAGAGAAACCGGCCAAGAGCCCAAUCCAUCAGAUCAGGCUUGUCUAUACAAUAUCAACUUCACUGCGUCGACAGCGCAGAAUAUCAACCUAGACGCUUCAGACGUUGUCGAAUUGAUAGACUCAAUGCUGAAUCCCAGGGUUCAAACCACAGGGACUAGCUUGAUGUUUACUUUUUUUUUCAUGCUAGGAGGUCUUCACGUGCUAUCAACCCUGUGUUGUUCAGAUGGCGAUCGCAAUGAGGUGGAGAAAAUGUUUGUUAAUGCCGUAAUGAACUCAGCAGCCAAAGAAUUGGACGAUCGAACCGAGUUCCUGCUCAGGGUCAUGCAGAUUGACGCCCCUGCUUUAGUGGGUCUGACUGGAGAGGCCUCCGGCCUCGCUUUGGAAAAGAACUCACUGAGCAGGCUACUAUUAUUGUCGCUGCAACACAAGAAAUUUGGAUUGGCUAGUACACUCUUGGACGCUGGCGCCGACCCGAAUGCCACAGAUGAAAACGGACGUACCGCACUAUACCUGGCCACAUUCGAGAAGUCUCUCGAUACAAUGAGAGCCUUGAUCGCAAAUGGCGCCGAGGAGGACGACGGAAGUCUCCAUAUCUCGACUUGCUGGCAGCACCAUGAAGCAAUGCAGCUGCUUCUGGAAGCAGGGCACGAACCAGGAUAUUGCUCUGAGCUCUUCUUUGGAGCUACGCCGCUCGAGGCCCUGCUAGGAUUUAGCCACUCCGAAGCAGCACCUGAUAGUUUUGGAAUGACGCUCGCGGUGUUGCUGUGUGACGCUGAGGUCCCAACAAGCUUCUGGAAGAGUGAACCUAAUCUUCUGUCUCUGGCUCUAAUGGGCUUCUGGCCGUAUCAAAUGUUCAGCACGCUGCUGUGGUAUAUUCCUCCAGGAGUGGUUGAACUGCCUCUCAUUCGUCGAGACCGCUUCAUGUUCUCUGUACUCAGCUUUGUCGAAAGAGGAGAGGAUAUCGGAUUGUCUGAUAUCGAGCGAGUGGAGCUGUCGACACGGCUAGAAUCAUUGGGAUUCGAACGAACUUUUUAUGCUGCUGAAGGAGAUCAACCCGAAGACGCCGUCAACGUGCCAGAACACCUGGAGGAUCCCGAAGUGAGGGUACGCCUUCGUGCUUGGAGGGUAAAGGACUGUGCUGUUUGUGCCGAAAAGCCUUCCGACCGAAAUGCGAUCCACGCAGCAUUGUCGCCAUCAUGCGAAAAGAACCAUGGGUGGGAAGACGACAUCAUCUGUACCGACUGCCUGCAAGGACACCUCGAGUCGCAGAUGUUUCCACAGGGAGGUGACAAAUUUCCCUCGGCCAAAGUAAAGUGCUGGGCUCCCAACUGCUCGGAGAUCCUCAACCACUCGGUCGUGCAGGCCUUUGCCGAGUGUGAAAGAUUCACCAUCUACGAUGCCGGCCUCGCUCAAAUGUUCCUCAACGACGGGGAGAAUAUGGCCAAAUGCGCGAAACCCAAGUGUACCGGUGCGACAUGGCUCGGUGACGAAGACAAGAACACGACCAUUAUCAUGUGCGACGUGUGCGGUGAGUCUACCUGUAUCCAGUGCAAUCAGCUGUACGACAUGCAUCGAGACGAGCCAUGUCCUCAGGGCGAAGAGGCCAAGGGCAUUGAAAGACGGAGGGAAGAGGAGGCAGCUACGGCAGCCCUGCUGGCAAAGGGGAAGAAGUGUCCAAAGUGCAAGCUGCCGUUUGAGAGGAUUGAAGGGUGUGAUCAUAUCGUAUGUGGCAAGGACGCGCACUCGAGUGCAAGAGGCCUUGGCUGUGGAUUCGAAUUCUGCUAUAUCUGUGGCGCAGACUACAAUGGCAUUCGCAGGCAGGGGAAUACGGCGCAUGCCAGGAGUUGUAAUCACUAUGCAUGA